GGCUUAAACCUAGCUAUCUUGCAAAUAAUGGAUUCCAGCGUACAGUAGCCCUCGUGUGCUAAGGCCGCUUGGAAUGUACUGGUGUGUAUGGACUGUGAAGAAGCCUUUAAGGACAACUGCGAGAGAAACUUCCCACCUUCGUAGCGAGGUCACGACAGCAUUCUUGAUAGCAUUUCCAGCAACAAUGAACCAGCUGCGGAGCUGGGCUCUCGGCCGCCAAGAAGCUGGGCGGAAUUGAGACAGAAUUUCGCCUCAAGCAUGGGUACCUGGUGCGGCAAGGCGAAGGAGCUCCUCCGGGACACCGUGCGUGUGAUACGCACGUACCCUUCUGCCCUCGCGCUGCCGCUUCUGCUCAUCUCGCUGUUCGUGGGCGCCGGGCUCUUUGGGUACUUCGCAUUUAGGAGUUUUGAGUCAGAGGGCAGCGUCAAUGCAAAGGACCGCGCACAAGCAAUCGCGUCGGAGGCAGCGGCGUGGUGGGCCGAGCGCGUGCUGCAGGCGCAUGAGCCUCUGACUCUGUUGGCAGCGCUGGUGGCACAGGAUCCACACGGCUUCCUGCAACGCUUCAAUGACAGCGUCAAUCAAACGGGCAACAGAAACCAUUCGCGCUACGAGCUACAGCUCCUGCCGAGCGGCGUUGUCCAGAGCGUGCGGCCGGCUGCAGGUGCCGAGUCGGCAGCUCUGGGGCUUAACGUCUUCACUGACGCCUCGCCGCUAGCCGACCGCGCUCGGCAGAGCGUUGCUGAGCAGCGGGCAGUCACUUGGGGCCCUGCGCCCCUCCCCAGCCGCGCUGCCGGCGACGGAAUGGGUUUCAUUAUUCUGCAGCCUGUGUUUGUGGAGGGGCCCACUGUAUCGCUUGCCAGGCUCAGCCCAGCAGUGAACUCACUAUGCGGAGCACCUUGCGCGUCCAAUUCGUCGUCCGGCGAGCCGCAGUGGUGGGGAUUUGUGGCGGCGGUGGUCAACGUUGAUGCAAUCGCCACCGCCCCGGGCUCGCCGCUGGUGUUACUGGAGCAGCUGGGCUACCGCUAUCACGUGGCGGUGCUGGGAGGCAGUAGCAGCAGUGGCAGUAGCAGCAGGAGUAUCGGCAGUGGUGGCGCGGCGCCCGAGAUGCCAGUGGAGUCAAGCGCAUUAUUGCCGUCCACCGACUAUAAGGAAGGGCGCGCCAUAAUGGAGCCGGGACAGCAGCCACUGGUGGUGGCCGUACGCAUCUCGCCGGCGGCGGGCUGGGCGGGCGACGACGCGCACACGUACGCAGUCAGCAUGCUGGCCGUGCUGUGCGGCAUGGGCUUUGUCGCGGCGUCGCUGCUGUUUGGCGCGCUGGUUUCCUGGCGGCGCAACAAAAUGUUGUUGGAGACGCUACUGCCCAAGGCGGUGCUGAAGGACCUUCGCGGCGAGGACACGAGCGUGCUGGGCGCGGCGCAGAUGCGGCCCACAGACACGCCCGCUGACACGCUGCUGUCCAUCCUGGCGGACCUGCUGGAGGGUGUCACGCCCGACCUGCGGGAUGUGGUGCUGGUGCGCACCGCGGUGCAGCGCAACUGGGACGUCUACACGCCCUUCAACCUGCGCAGCCACAUCAAGGGUGCCAACCUGGACGCUGACGUGGCCCAGGCGCUCAUGCAACAGCUCAUGGGCUCCGAAUUUGGCGGCACGCCGUACGAUUCCAUGUACGGCAACGGGGUUCAUGGCGGCAACGGCACGGGCCACGGCAUGCGCGGCUACAGCUCAGCCGUUGGUUACAAAGCGUCCCUGUCAGGCAUGGGGCAGGGCAGCGGCGGGUUCGUCCGCCAUAUUUCGGGACUCUUGCCGUACAACAUGGACACGAUGGCGGGCGCGCUGCAAUUCAUCCUGUCCUCAGACGCCAGCUGCGGUGACCCUGCGCCCUCUGGCUCUCUCGCUCGCCCGUUGGGUGCCGCGUAUGCCCCAGCCGCAGCCGCAACCGCGGCAGUGGUAGCAGCGGGCAUGGCGAUCGGCGGCGGCGGCGGCGGCGGCGGCGGCGGCGGCGGCGGCGCGCCGCUUGUCCAGGGCAGCCUGUACGACACAGCCGCGGCAAUUCCAGAGGGCAGCAGUGUGAGCCUUGCGGAGAUUGGGUCCGGCACGGGCUCAGCCGGCGGCGGGGGGCGGUACCCAAUCAGUGGCGCGCUCCACGCCCGGCCCAGCAGUGGCAUUCUCCCAUCCGCGGCGGGCCCUUCAGGCCGGGCGCAGUCGCUGCCGCCGACGGCGCCACGGGCGUCCGCGACUCUGCAGCAAGCGGCAUACACUGCGGACGGUGGCGCAGCAGGCGCGACGGUUGCCGCAGCGGCCGCCGUAAUGCCACUGCCGGUGCCGCCAUUAAAGGUGAUGAACCUUCGGGGUGGCUACGACCGGUCGCGGAGCCAGCUAGCUUCAUCACUGGCGCCUCAGCCUCAGCUGCAGCCAGGCUCGCCGCAGGCCCUGUCUGCAGCACAGCAGCCGGGCCGUAGCCACCAGCUACAGCUGCAGCCACCUGCAACGGCAGUAGCACCGGCCUCCACAGCAGUUACAGACUCCGCCUACCUGUCGCCGACUGCGAUGUGCAACGGCGGUAUCGGGGCUGGCUCCAUAACCACGGGCCCUACAGCCAGUGGGCUUUCGCAGGCGUCCCUGCUCCUGCGUAUGUCGAGCUCCGGCUCGCUCAUGAAAGGCAUGCGCCGCCCGCAACCCCAGCAGUCCCAGCCGGCAAGCAACCGGUUGCAGCCUACACACAGCCACCCGUUGGCGGAUGCACUGCAGCAUUCGCCGCCGGCGCUGCCGCCGCCGCUACCAGCGGAGGGCUCUUCGCCGCUGGCGCCAUUUGCACCGGCCAUCCAUCGGAGCUAUACGGUUACUGGCGUACCCGAGCACCGAGCUGCUGAUGCUGACGCAGAGGACAGCAUGGAAGAGAGCGGCCCGUACGGGCGGCAUGACGCGGCAGACCUGAUGGUCUUGGAAGCCGGUGGCACUAUUGUGGGCGGCGCGCCCAUCGCCUACGGAGGUGGUGGCGGCUGCGGUGCAGGCGAGAGAAUAUACGGGAUCCGCCGCCUCACCAGGACGACCGAGGCAACGCACAUGCCGCAGCAUCACCAGCAUCACCACAACUCGCAGCAGUACGCGCAGCACAGGCCCGGCAGUAUGAUCCUCACCUCAACAGGCACGGGCUCGCUUCUCCUCACAGUGCGCGCGACUAAUGCGGAGGCCACCGUGUCCACGGGCGCCGGUUCAGCCGCCGGCACACCACGCCCAGAGAGUGGCAAGCGCUCUUCUGGCACCAAGCACCGGCGGCCGCCGGGCCGGGCCGCGAGCUUUGGUCUGCCGGACUCGCCAACUCACCUCGCCUUGCCACAGGCCGCCUCCCCAUAUCUGCAGCUGCACGCUCGAGCUGGACGGCGCAGCGUGGAGGUGCCUUUGUCAACGGCUGCCGGCGCUUCGAGCACCAUGGGCAUGGCUGCUGGCGGGGUGGGCAGCGGCAGGGGGACGGAUGACUCGGCGUCAGUUCAGAGCUACGCACUGGGGCUGCUGCACAAGCCCGCCAGCCGCCUGGGGCUGCUGCGGCACCUGCAGUCGAGCGUUCCCGGCUCCGUGACGGCGUCCCCACAGCUUUCAUCACAGCAACAGCAGCAGGUGCCCCAGGCGCCCCAGCUCAACAGGCAACAGUCCACGGCAUCGACUGCGGCAGCUGCCGCAGCCGCAGCGGUUGCCGGGGCCACGGCAACAGGCACAGGCAGCCCCACGCCUGCGCAGCUCGCGCAGACGCAGCACGCUCAGCACCCUGCACUGCUGAGCCGGCAGCGCAAGGCCGCGUCGCAUGACCGGCUCAGCCGCGCGUCUCUGCCCCACCAUCUGGACCUCAGCCCUUUCCUCACGACCGAGGCUGACGCGGCAGGGGCUGCAGGGAGCAACAGAGCCGUCGCCAUUGCGCCCUCCCAGCUGCUGGCAUUGCCGGCGCCGCUAGGGUCGCAAACAAUACCCCUGACGCAGCAGCCGUGCAUCCUGGAGGUGGAGCGGCUGCUCGCAAAGUCAGAUAACUGGGAGUUCGAUAUGUGGGAGCUCCAAGAUGUAACGCAGGGGCAUGCGCUGUCGGUGCUGGGAUUCUACCUGAUUCAACGAGCCGGCCUGAUGGACCGAUUCAAAAUCAAGCCGGUCAAGGUUGCGAGGCUGCUGCGCGCGAUUGAGAGUGGAUACGUGGACAACCCGUACCACAGCGCCAUCCACGCCGCGGACGUGCUCCAGACCAUGCACGUGAUCAUCCACGCCGCGCAGCUGCACGUGCACUACCUGGACGCGCUGGGGCUGCUGGCGUCCUACUACGCGGCGAUUGUGCACGACUUUGCGCACCCGGGCCUCACCGGUGACUUCCUCAUCGCCUCCUCCGACCCCCUGGCCAUCCGCUACAACGACCGCUCGCCGCUGGAAAACCACCACUGCGCUGCGUCGUUCGGUUUGCUGCGGCGCCCGGAGCUCAACGCGCUCGCGCCGCUGUCGCAGUCUGAGCGCAACGCGUUCCGCAAGCAGGUCAUCGAGCUGGUGCUCGCCACGGACAUGAAGCAGCACUUCUCCAUCCUGUCACACUUCAACACCGUGCACCGGCUUGCUGCCUACAGCCAGCAGGGCCAGCAGGCAGACUCUCCGCACGUGCAGCAGCCCUCGCCCAAGCAACUCUUCCCCUCCAGUGGGAAGGGUGGCGCUCAAAAGCCAGGGCAGCUGCAGUCGCGCGCGUCGGCCGAGGAGUCGUUGGUGGUUGUGCAGCUGGCGGAGGGAAGUCUGCCAGCCCAGGCUGACGCCGCAGCUUCUGCCGCGGCUUCGGCGGCGCCGCCUCCUCAGCCCGUGGACGACACUGAGCGGCUGCUGAGCCUGCAGCUUGCGCUGAAGUGCGCGGACAUUGGCCACCUGGGCGAGUCGCUCGAGGUGCACAAUAAGUGGCUGUCCAACUUGGAGGAGGAGUUCUUCCGCCAGGGCGACAAGGAGCGGGAGCUGGGAAUCCCCAUAAGCCCGCUGUUCGACCGCAGCAAGCAGGGUGUGAGCAAGAGCCAAGUGGGCUUCUACGACUUCGUAGCGCUGCCGCUGGUGCACGCGCUGUCCAGCGCAUUCCCCGGAUCCAAGCCGCUCAUGAGGUGUUUCCUUCAAAAUUACCAUAACUGGAAGGAAGCCGCUGAUGUGCAGUAAGGCAUGCGCCCCAGGAACGAUGCGGCCGGCUGUCGGGGGUCGCAAAGUAUGGCAAACGAGACGGAUGGCAAACAAGAACGGAUCGUAACAUCGUAAGUACUUUUGACAGACACGACUGCCGCUGGCUACGCUUUGUAGUUUCAGGCCUGCUGUAAGCUUCAGGCGGGCGGUCACAAUAAUAACGGUUAGUCUGUUAUAAAUAUUGAUGCAUCCUUAAAUUGAGUCCUAUAAGCGCAACGGCACGCACCGUGACCAUGGUUGUGAGAGUCCGUUUCCUAGGCUGCUCUAGUGCUUGCACAAAUUCUUCUGAACUGCCGCCGGCACAAGAUUCAGUGAACUGACUGUCAUACGCGGCGUCUUGUGUUUUGGGUAUACGGACACUGCUUCACCUUGGCGUAGGCACAUGACACCACAACCAGCGCGAGCGUUUUGCCGUGCAGGAUACCCCAGCCACUUGCACACGUGCACAACUGGGCCCCGCCUUCUCAUGCUGUGUUUGCGCAGUCCGGGUCACUAAGUUUAUGCUGCAAUAGCUCGAACGUACUGGCGGCUGUAGUGCAGUAGACUUUCUGCGCGGAUGCCACGCAUGUACAUAAUCAAUUGUCGUAGUACGGUACGCGGAAUGGCGUGAUGAUGUGCCAUGUAUACCACAACACAUGCACGCAGCUCCACAUUGUGGCUGCGCGACCUGCAUCCUUUCGCCGCUCACAACAUCCGUACUUCUGACUAGUAUGUCACCUCCAUUCCGUGCAUACAGUAGGCUGCAAACAUGGGUUACCGUAUAUGAUAUGCCAAGAAGACUGCCGAUCCGCAAUCGUGGUGUGAUUGACUGCACGAUGGACGAGUGCGAUGGACGGUCGCUCAUAGCAAGGUACGAGGAGUAAACUGAGCAACGGUUGUGUGAAGUCAUGUGUUUGACAGUCUACAUACAAGGUGUUCGAAUUUGAACGGCGCGAAUGGGGGCGCCUGACGGACAGGCAAAAGGCUGCGGGCCUGGACAGGCUCGGACGCGUGCCAGGGCAUGGUAUGCAGAGAGCACUCUAAAGCAAGCGCCUUGAAAUGUCGUGUAUGGCUGUGACGUAGAUGGCGACCCCCUGGGGUGCACGCUGCAAAUGCUCUCCUAGGACCAACAGAGCCGUGUACAGUUUGAGUAUGUAUGAAAGUACAAGCUGCACAUGCCCAUGCGUAUAGCUUUAGCCGCAAGGCUGGGGUCUGCUGUAAAAUCGAAUGGGC